CUGCGAUGGUCGGGAAGGGAAAUGGCGAGAAUUGUGGACGAAAUGGAAGAAAUAGAGAAAAGGUUGGAGAAGCAACAGCUGUGCUGGAGUGCGAUCAAUAUGGAUGACCGUGCUGAUGAUAUGGAGCGGGAGGAUGAGGGUCAAGGGUCUGAAUGGUCUAGUGGAAAGAAAGGAAGAAGAGGGAUCAUACUGAAAGCAGUGGAGAGUAGUGUAGAAAGCAAAAAGGUCAAGGUAGGACAAAAGAGUAAUAAUGUGUCCGAGUGAAUGGUUUGAUGAGAUCACAUGGACUCAUUUACAACCUAUCCGUCUAACUAAUGCCGUAUAGAAAGAGAGCCCAGUUCAUUAGAAAUGGUAGGUUGCUAAUAUUUAGUUAGUGCCAGGCUCAGCAAGGGAAUCUUCUGCAAAUGGAAAAGCUUAAUGGGAAGAUUAAAAACAAUGUACCUGGAUCUUAUGCUAGGUUGAGGUGAGUCGUCACGGUGGUCCCAAUAUCUAUGUCCACAAAUGAUAUUAAAGAAAAUUAUAAGGGAGGCAGAGUGACUAAGGCCAAAAGGUUGAUCAGUAGGAAAGCGGGUCAAAUAAGUAAAAGCUUAUCAGUGAUGCUGAGGUUUGAGAAAGUUUUGCCGGGAAAAGUAUAGAUAGGAUUCCUUAGUUUCAAUGUCAGAGAAUUUUGAGGUUGUGGUAGAAGUUAGUAGCGAUUUAUUUUGUUUUUACUUGUAUUUUUCAUGGAAGUACAGAAUUGGGCAGAUCAUGACUGAUCGUACAUUUCAGCAGAGUAGGUGGCAGCAUGUACUUUAAACGUUUGUUUGCGGACCGCCAUGAUAUCGAAGAAGAAGAAAGCAGGCCUUACUGAGACACAUUUCUUACCGGAACGUACUGAAUUAAAACAUUUCCUACACGGACUGUUUUGAGUGAUGCACAAUUCUUUAGAUUCCGACUGGUGUCCAACUUGCAGCGACGUCUUCCACAUUGUUUAGUGUCAGAGAAAGAGAGUUAUGAACGACUGGAGUCCAGUGGCAAAAGUCUACGACCCUCUCAAGGCGGGCAGCAUCGAUGGCACAGACGUGGAGCCCCAUGACCGGGCCGUCUGGAGAGCCAUGGUCGCCCGCUACAAACCCAACAAAGCCGUGGUGGGGGACCCGCUCCUCACUCUAUUCGUGGCCCGCUUGAACCCUCAAACAACGGAGGAGAAGCUGAAUGAAGUGUUUUCCAAUUACGGGGAUAUCCGCCGGCUGCGCCUGGUGAGGGACAUAGUGACUGGGUUCUCUAAAGGCUAUGCCUUCGUUGAAUACAAAGAGGAGAGGUCCGUGGUCAGGGCGAGGCGAGACGCCAACAAACUAGUGGUGGACCAAAGUGAGUUGUUUGUGGACUUCGAGCAGGAGAGGACCCUGAAGGGAUGGGUACCCCGUCGGCUGGGCGGAGGGCAGGGGGGCAAGAAGGAGUCUGGUCAGCUGCGGUUUGGUGGGAAGGACAGACCCUUCCGCAAACCCAUCAACCUUCCUGUCACCAUGAACCAGGAAUGGGGUGGUGGUAGCAGAGAGUGUGAGAGAGGAGGUGAGAGGGAGGAGCGCUACAGAGAUGGGUCCCUGAGCCGUGAGAGAGAGACUGAUUGGGGGAGUAGGGGGAGGAGAGAUGACCGAGACAGAGGGAGAGAGAGGGGUGUAGAAAGGGAGUACCACCGAGAGAGGAGGGAUAGGAGUUAUGAGCGGGAGUCGACGAGAGAGCGGGAUGACAGGAGAGAGAAGGAUGACAGAAGACACAGGGAUGAUAAGUACAGACACAGAGACAGGAGAUGAAACUCAGUGGUUCCUCUGACUUCUCUGACAUCUGAAAGGAUGCAUGGGUGGAGAGUGAGGUGGAGCAAGUAAUACAAAAACGUGUGGACUACAUUGGUCUUUUUUUUCUCACCUGGAUGGUGCGGACAGGUGAUGUCAUCUGUAACCUUCUGCUGGCCUGGCUCAGCAGGGUGUUAUUAUCUACCUGUUGUUCUUUAUGCAGUGAAUAAAGUUUGUUUUACAGUCUGA